AUGAAUCCUCUCUCAGGUGAUGGGAACGGUGACGGGAAUAUGGAAUGGCAUGGAACAGGUCGCGGUCGUGGCAGAGGAAUGUGGUCAUCGGCCGCGCGAGAAAAUUCUCCUUUGAGGAGACCCCAUGAUGAUACAUCUGGAAUGCAAACAGGGUCUAUGGAGUCUGGAAGCUCAGAGCACAAUAAAGUGGAUAUGUCUUUCGAUGAUAUUAUCCAAAGCAGUAGAUUAUCUGUGCAUGCAGCUGAAUUCAUUCCAAAAUCAUAUCCUGCCAAGCAACAUCAACAGCAGCAGUCAUCUAUGAGAUUUUUACAGAAACACUCAAUUCAGGAUAGAUUACAAAUGGCACGAGAAAUACCACUCCAAGCUGGAGUGCAAGUGCAGAAUUUCGACAAUUCCCAGCAUUAUCAACAAACUGGACAAGUUCAACAGUUUGAUAAUCCAUCACAACAGCAACAGCAAAUGGAGCAGCCCUCCAAUGCCCAAGAUUAUGGAUGUUUUGAUGGAGGUUCUGGAGACUACAAAGAUAAACAUCAGAGCUCAAAUGUAGAGGAUGAUAAUUAUUUAAUCGACUUUGUAAACACAACACAGAACCUAGGGAGUGUUAUACAUUCGUUGAUACUAAAUCCUGGUCGCUUCACUUCCAUCGUACCGCAGCUCAUAAAUAACCUUAGGCCUUAUUUAGAAUUUCCUAGUCAGUUUCAAGAAAUUAUAAAAAUAAUAAUUCAACAGUCCAUGAACGAGGGUAACUUCCGGUACAGUGGUGCUCGACUUUGCGCCUCUCUAGACAGCAGUCUGACUCAAAACGAACAAACGUCUUUUAGAUGGACAUUAUAUACUCUGUGUAAAAACGAAGCCGAGAGACAAUCUUCCAACUGGCAGCAAAAAGAGGACCACACAGAGGAUGAACAGAAAAAGUGUCACGGAUUGAUAUUAUUCCUAGCCGAGUUGGUCACCCAAAUGGAGCACACUUCCGCUUUUGGUUUGGGAGACUUAUUAAUUCAGCUCAUUAUCGUUAUACUAAAAAAGCCUGCACCAAACUCAGUCAAGAAUAUCUGUCAAGCCUUAAAGUUGGCAGGACAAACUUUGGAAAAGGAUAAGGGUGAAGAUCGCAAGGAAAUGGAGAACAUGAUGCGGGCAUUAACAGAAUUAGUGACAGAGGGUAGAGUCGAUUCACACGUUGGAAGAAUGGUUCAUAGUGUCCAUGAGUUGAGAAACGGAAAUUGGGGACAGAGUUCUAUUAAUUCUUCGAUAGUUGAAUCCACAGAGUCCAUAGAUCCUAAUCAAGCUGUCGAUGAACCAGUUUUCUACGGUCCAGACGGCAAAGUAUUAACAGCAGAAGAGAAUAAAUUUUUGGAGGACGUUGCUGACAGUACAACGAACAUCGAGGAUCAUGUUAUAUCGGAGCACGGAUACGAGGGCGAAGAGGAAUGGUUGUCAGAUGAGGAUGGCGUAUAUGAGGCGUUUGAGGAGUUCUUAAAGCAUAUUCCGAAGCAAAUCAAGAACCAGGCACAGAAAUAAUUAAGGAUGGUCGACGGUCGCCUAACUAUAAAUCGAGAUUAUCGUGUAAUUUUCAUUGGUCUCAUAGUUGGAAACUAUGGGGGUAUUUCCUAAAUUUCGUUUGCGAAUUUUUAUAUAAAUGUAAAACGGGGGUGCAGACUAAAAAUCGAGCGUGUGAUGGAAUGAUUCUCUCUGCGUUUGUACGAUACGUAUUUAAUCAGAAAAAUUCGUCUCGAGAGCAUAAUGAAUCUUAAUGGAUUGAUUUCCAUACAUACACACAUACGGGGGAAAAAUGCUUUCUCUGUUUUGUGCCGCUGCCAUCUUUUUUCUUUCUUUUUUACACACACGUACCAACCUACUUUUUUGUACUGUGCACACUCACAUUUUUAAACUUAGAAACGAGCAUUGCGAAGUUUGUUCCU